UUUUGUUUUUGCUGAUAAUUUGUGGUGAGAUUUAAAAGAAGAAACAAAAAUUUUGAGUUCUGGUUCUGCCACUGGAGAGAGAGACAUCUGUGAAAGUUUAGUUUGGAAUAUCUGAGGCCAAAUGAAGCCUGAAAAAUGGCAAGGAAGAGUGUUUUUGCUCCUAACCUUCAUGUUUUAUGAUGUGUCAGGUGCCUUCAUAGGGAUAAACAUUGGCACUGACCUCACAAGUUUGCCAUCUGCUGUGGAUGUGGUGGCUAUCCUUAAGGCUCAUCAAGUUUCUCAUGUUCGUCUCUAUGAUGCGGACCGUCGCAUGCUGAAUGCCCUUGCAGGAACUGGCAUUGAAGUCAUGGUGGGGGUCACUAAUGAGGAGGUGCUAGGGAUUGGAGAAUCACCAUCAGUUGCAGCAGCCUGGGUCAAUAAGAAUGUCGUAGCUUACGUGCCACAAACCAAUAUCACAGCCAUUGCUGUUGGCAGCGAGGUGCUGAGUUCAAUACCCAAUGCUUCUCCCAUUCUGGUUCCAGCCAUGAACUACCUUCAUAAUGCCCUAGUGGCUUCAAAUCUCAGUUCCCAGGUCAAAGUUUCAAGUCCACAGUCCAUGGACAUUAUUCCUAGGCCUUUCCCUCCCUCCACUGCGACCUUCAAUUCCACAUGGAACUCCACCAUGUACCAGAUCCUCCAGUUUUUGAAGAACACAAAGUCCUUUUAUAUGUUAAAUGCCUACCCUUAUUAUGGUUACACAAAAGGAAAUGGCAUCUUUCCAAUUGAUUAUGCUCUGUUUAGGCCACUUUCUCGAACCAAACAGAUUGUUGACCCCAAUACUCUUUUCCUCUAUACCAGCAUGUUUGAUUCCAUGGUUGAUGCCACUUAUUACUCUAUGGAUGCACUAAAUUUUUCUGGUAUUCCUAUCCUAGUGACAGAAUCAGGCUGGCCAUGGCUAGGUGGAGGCAAUGAACCUGAUGCAACUCUUGAGAAUGCACAAACAUACAACAACAACUUGAUCCGCCGAGUGCUCAACAAUUCAGGUCCUCCUAGCCAGCCAACUAUACCUAUCAGCACAUACAUUUAUGAGAUGUUCAAUGAAGACAAACGGCCAGGGCCCACAUCUGAGAAAAACUGGGGCACCUUUUUUACAAAUGGGACAUCAUUAUAUCCUCUAAGUCUUGGUUCUUCAUCCCAACUUACUGGGAACUCUUCAGGUGUUGGGGCAUUCUGUGUGGCAAAACAAGAAGCAGAUACUGAUGCAUUGCAGGCUGGUUUGAACUGGGCUUGUGGGCAAGGACAGUCUAAUUGCACUGCUAUUCAAGCGGGGAAACCAUGCUAUGAUCCUGACACUCUCCAGAACCAUGCCUCUUAUGCUUACAAUGAUUAUUUUCACAAAAUGAAGAGUGUCGGCGGGACUUGCGAUUUUGGUGGUACAGCCACGAUUACCAAUGUUGAUCCCAGCUAUGGUUCAUGUAUUUUUGCUGGAAGUUCUGAUUCAAACAAAAGUGUAGUAACAGCGCCAGCAGCAUUUGGACCCAUGCCCACAAUUGACGUGGGUGGUUCAACUUCUAUCCUGCAAGUUUCCGAGUUUGUGUAUCUGAUCCUGGCAAUUAUUCUUGCUCUUGUCUGAUUCCAGGGGAGCACAUAUUACCAAUUUUCGCCCGGCUUUGAUCAAGUACUGUGGAGGUAGCAAUGUUGUAAAGAGUUAAGAGAGAUGUAGUACACUCAACCAUGGUUGAAUGUUUAUUCUUUUGUUCUUCAUUCUUCUGUUUAUCAUUUUUGUUUUCCUUAUCUGUUGUCUUUUCACCUUUUGGAUUCAGAUUGUAUAAUCGUUGGUAAAUUCAGUAAACCUUGCCAUGAACAGAUAUUUAGAUAAUUAUCUCUUGCUUUA